AUGUCGGCGACUCGCAGCCCCAAGCAGCCUUUGCCUGAUACUGGCCGUAUUGCUUUGCUCAAGGAGUUUUUCAAAGACUUUUGUGAAGAUGAAAGCUUCACAGCACAAAGGCGCAAGGUUUUGCGUCUAAGGGCUGGUCUCACGGACAAAGAAAAGCACAAGGUGCCCAAGUUCAAGUUCGUCAUCUUGGAGGGCACAGAUAUGAGCGAACGGGAGGUCGAGAGUGACCACAACUUUGAGGUAGCCUUGGGCCUCUGCGCUUCCUUUGCAGAGCAUCCACCAACGAAGAAAGAAUUCCAGGCUGCGCUCACCUGGUGCUCGCUGCACUACAGAUUGAACCCAUGGAAGGAACGCCACUAUCAUGAGACAUGGGCUGAAGUUGAAGCUGGCGUUGUGAAGUCUGUGUUGAGCUACUGCUUGGAUCGCUUCCAGCGGAACCCAGGAGUUCGGCCGGGCCAUGAGCGUACCGAGCAGCUGAAGCAAGUCGUUCACGAACGCUUGAAGGAAUGUGACAUGUUGACACCGUGUGGGAAGAAAACACCUACACGUGGACGAGGAAUGAGCAAACCAAAGGAUGCAAAGGCUGACGCCACCAAAGAAGCCACUCCAAACCCGGACACCAUGGACACACUCCCGAUGCCAGAGACCCAGAUCACCACGCCCUCUCCCGUUCAUCAAAUGCGUCCUUUGCCUUCCAUGUCACCUCCGCCUAUUUUGAAACCUUCUUCGUUGCUUUCUAUCCCCACUACGUUCGAUGGGGAAAAGAACAAGUGUGAAGAAACAGCAGAGGAGGAAAAGAUGACUGAUGAUGAAUGCUUAGAAGUGGUUGAUCAUGGGGAUGAAGCUAUCAAUAUCGAAAGUGGGGAAGAAAAUGUUAUGUCACCGAACCCGAAGAAAGAAAUGGAAAUUGAUAGCCAGUGGAGGCUGCAGGAUGACACCAUGGAAAGAUGCAAUGCUCCUAGUCCACCUAGUGAGAAGAAACCAGAGCCUGAGACACAUGCUGGAAAGGAUUCAGAGUCUUUCCCCGCAGCCAAGAAAGCCAAGAUUACCCAACAGGAUUCUAAGGCUAUGCCAGUUCAGAACCCAGCCCAGUCUGAAGAGCCUUCCACCUGCGCACAGCACGCAAAAGAGCUUGAACAAGCCAUUGACAGCGACGACGAAAUCAGAAAAGGCUGCUUCAAGGAUCGCAAACCUUUGGUGGAGGACGUUCCCGAAGUACCCAAAGAAUUGGAGGAAACAAUUGCAAAAGCCAUGCUAGAUGAGGACCUUGAACAGGCUCAGGAAGCUGAUGCAGAAAUCAGAAAGGCUCAGCUGGCUCUGAGAAGGCUGGCCAAGGAGACUACCAUGGAAGCAGAGGACCCGGAUAGGUUCUAUGCUAAUGAAGGCGGUGAUGGGGAUGAUGGGCCUGGGAAGUCGAGGGGAAGAGGCAGGGGAAAAGGUAGAGGAAAAGGUGGCGGGAGAGGCAAAGGGAAGGGAGGAAGAGGUAAGAAGGACAAGAGCAGCAAUGAAGGAUCCCGAAAGGAAGACAAACCAGAGGAAAAGAACAAUGAAAAGAAGAAGGAUGAGGAGGGACGAGCAGCAAAUGAUGAUGAUGGGAAUGUUGAAAAAAACAAGAGCCUGGAUGGCCCACCUUCCCCAAAAAGCACACCGAGAGUUCUCCGCAGAACUAAGUCAAAGCGCAGGGGCUUGCUUCAGAAAGCAAAGCUGGUAAGCCCACAGAGUUCCAAGAAAAGACCACCGCAAGAAAAGACAGAAUAUCCAGAUGAUGGAGCAGAGCUUCAUGAGCCAGAAGUGGCACCCGAGCAAGAGGAACUACCACCUACGACCACAGAGAGGGCAACUAAGAACCGUAGGAGCCGACGUGCCAAGAAACCGAAAACUGAACCUGCCGAUGUCCCCCACAAGGAUGACAGCGAGCCACAGGAUCACAAAGAAGAGGACCAAACCGAGCCAAAACCUGAGGGUGAAACACCUGAGCUUGAAGAGGCCAUGCAAGCAGAAGAGAAGAAGAGAGCCAUGCAACUACAGGCCCGGGACUACAAUUGGAAACUCUUGGCUGAGAUUGAUGAUGCAAUGCUCAGCCUGCCUACUACUGAACAGCUGGGAUCUGCAAAGUCGUUCACGAUGGACCCUCCGGACAACUUGCCGCCACACCCCAAGGGGUGGAAUCGAUCCAAGAUCCAAGUCUUGCUUCUCCUCUCAAGGUCGACUGCGGCUUCCUUUUACAUUCCCCUGGUGGCACAGGAUACUUUGGACCUGAUAGCAUUGGAGAAAGGUAUGAAAUUUCAGGCCAACAAUGCAAAGUCAAAAGGCGUCAGCUUGGCUUGGAACAAGUUUGGUGGUCCGAAGGAAGCGUUCAAUGUGGCUAAGCUGGUUGCUGGAUGGAUGAUGCCAUCAGCUGACGCCCAUUGACUGGGGUGAUCAGAUCACUUCUUGAGGGUGCCUGCGCCGCUGCCAGAGUAGCGGUCAUGUAGCUGUUGGAGACCAUUUUGUGGUUUAAAUUCCAAUCGGUAUUUUGACUGGAUCCAUUCCCUUAGACUUGAGCGAAGGCUUAUCUGUG